AAGGCAGGUGUAUACCAGCUUGGAGGUGAUCCACAAUGUGUUCCCACUUUUGCGCACGUUGCAUUGAAGCUGCAUGUUCUUGCAGUUUGCAGGUGUAGAGGUGUUGGUAGCAGUGUCACCCAUUUGUGGCGGACAAAUGCAAACGUGUAAGUGGUACAAAACGCUUGAUGCGAGUGACAUUGUUUCGUUUGAUGAUCAGAAGGCGUCAUGUCGUACCAAGACCCAUGGAACUCCGAAAUCUCCAACAUCUCUUCAUCUGGAGAUGACUUCAAUCCUUACGGUGGUUUCUUUAAUUUUAGUGGGUUUGAUCCGAGCCAGUACAAGUUCAAAAUUCCUUUCUACUUCUACAUUUUCACUGCUCUGUGGGUCCUUCUCUUUCUGGUCGGUUUGGUUGGAAAUGGCUUGGUGAUCUUUCUCUUCUGUACGAAACGCUCAUUGAGAGUGUCAAGCAACAUCUUUAUUUUUCAUUUCUCUAUCGCCAACUUGCUCGUCUUCAUCGUUGGUGUCUCUGGUGGCAUUCCUAUUAACAUUUUGGCAGUAAGAUUAGAAAAUAGGAUAAUCAAGCAGCAGCUGUGCAACCUAAAUACGUCUCUUGUUUAUUCCAUCAUGUUUGCAUCUCUCAUGAUGCUUACGUGUAGUUCGGUAGAAAGAUACGUGAACAUUCAUUACCCAUUCAAAAAUCUGUUCACCUCAGGUCGAGCCAAGGUGCUCGUUCUUUUCAGCUGGCUGUAUGGACUUGCUACCGCUUUGCCUCCUAUUUAUCACUUCGGCGGUUACUAUGAUGUUCAGUUCCAGAACAAGUCUGUGACUGUCUGCGGAACGAGGAUAACUAGCACUACUACGGCAGAGUUAGUGUUCUGUGCUUGCUUAGCAUUAUACGGCAUUAUCUUACCCGUCGGUGUCGUGUGUUUCUGCUACGCGAAGAUAUUGAAGACGGCAUGGGCGCAUGCUCGGUCAUGGAAAAUGUCGAGUCGCGUCAACGCGAUGCAAACAACAUCCGGACAUCAAGUUGCAGCUACCGACGUGGAUGAAGUUGGCGAGUCAACAAACGGCUCAAACACGUUACAAGUUUAUGAAAGUAUGACGUCUACUGCUACGCGUGCUUCUGUUUGGUCUUCAAGUGUUCUGACUCAAAAUAUUGUCGGUGAACGAGCAACAACUACCGGCGAACACAGAAAGCGGAAACUGCGAGGCGCCAUCACUGUUCUCAUGAUUGUUGGAGUAUUGCUAGUGUCGUGGGUACCGUCUGUUGUCCUACGUGGCUUGUACCUCGCCGCUGUCUCUUCGAGUUCUCAGCCGUCGCAACAUCUUACUUACAUGAAUACGUUAUCUAUCACGUAUCCUUGUAUCUGUGCUGCCGUUAGUCCAUUCGUGUUUGGAUUCCGUACUGCAGGAUUGAGAGACGAAUUCUUGAAGGUGUUUCGCUUGGUAUUUUGUUGUCGACGUCGUUAGACUUGCUGAAGUUGACAUAUCGCGUAACAGUAGAGUCUUAGAGACCUUGCAAAAUGUUUAUCUCUGCAUGGCUAGUUUAGAUGUAACGAUGUGCAGUAAAUUUUAUUGCUAGAGACAGUAACGUGUUUGUUGUGCGA